AUGGCAUCAGCAGGAUCCCCCAGGAACAGCAGAGAGGGAGACAGGAAAGUCAAGGUGACGCAGGUCGCCUCAAAGCCGAUCCCCUUCACAGCCUUUCAAGCUCUCUGGGUGCCUGGCACCACACGGAUAUGUGCCCUCGGCUCCAACGAUUCUGGAUUCGGCAUCAUUCAACUCUACAACCUCACCUCUAACCCCUCAUCACUCUCAACCAUCAAGAAACCCACCACCGCAACAACACCAGCACCAACAAAACAACAACAACCGCGUUUGGUACUACAAUCAGAGACCGAGAAAAAGAUUCAAUUCAAGUCGGGCACUUUCAGAGCCAGUCCUCGGUCUUCAACCCUUCCCCAUUUGUUGACGGGAGACUUCGAGGGUCGUGUUGGGCUUUGGGAUCUGUCGCGGGCAGAGGUUCCUUUGUGGAUGUUCCGAGCGCAUGAAGAUGUUGUCAAUUGUAUGGAUGGUGUUGGGUCACGGACGGGAAGACCAGAGUUUGUGACUGGAGGACGGGAUGGGACGGUUAAGUUGUGGGAUAUGCGGCAGGAUCAUAAAGCUGCUGGAUCUGGAGCUGGGACGGCCUUGGAAAAGCCAUUGUCGACGAUGGCGUCGCUAAAGAAACAAGUCGAUGGGCAUGAUGUCUGGUGUGUCAACAUGGGAGUAGGACAAGGAGCCGACGAUGAGAUGUUGGUCGUGGCAGGAUACGAUAAUGGUGAUUUGCGAGUCAUGGACCUGCGGGUGGGCCAGGCUGUCUUUGAGACCAACCUUCAGCACGGGAUCUGCUCGGUUGAAUUGAGUCCGCGUCAUCAGGGAACCAGCUCGCGUCCAUUUUCGUCAUUGGUGGCGACUACUUUGGAGGGAUCGAUGCACGUCUUUGAUCUGGUUGAUGGGCAGUUCAAGGCUACGACGAGUACAAGCGCAGGGUCCAAUGCAACAGCAAUGACGGAAGAAGUAGUGGCAGUUCAGUCGGGAGAUGACAGUACGCUUUGGCAAGUUCGACAUGUCCCCCAGCGACCUGGCGUCUUUGCCGUCACGGAUGGCGGUGGCUACAUGCACUUGUACGAGCAUGGAGACGAAAAGACACUGUCAAAGCAACUUGGAUCUCACAAGUUGGCUGAACAAGGGAUCCUAUCGCUCGAUUUCAACGAAGAACUGGAGGGUCUCUUUGUUGGAUGUGACCUUGACAACACUCUUCGUGUUGGCAUGCUUCACCUCUAA